UUGUAUCACAUGAGCUAGCUAACAGGCAGUGUGCUCAAAGACAAGACAAAUGUCAUCAUCAUACCUAUACCAGAGCUACUGCUAUCCUAGAACACAAACUUCAACCAUGGCUGCCAAUCAAGAUGGUGGCUACCACUGCAGGUUUGUAGAGCAGCCUAAAGAGCUACAAGCUGAGUGCAUCAUCUGUCUGUGUAUACUGCGGGAGCCACAAAUUGUCAACUGCUGUGGAAUUAAGUUUUGUCAAGUUUGUAUCAAUGCAAUAGUCGUGCAAAAUCGACCCUGCCCUCAUUGCCAAGCACGCCAAUUCACAACAAUGGCGGACAAGCAACUAAAGAGACAGCUUGAAGACAGAAAGGUAUUUUGUUCAAACGAGCAAAGAGGGUGUAAGUGGAAAGGAGAGUUAAAGAAACUCGGAACACAUCUCGACGAAAAGAUCAACCAGAAUAUUUACUCGGUUACUUCUUGCCAGUUUCAAGAUGUGCCAUGCCCAAGAUGCCAACAGCAAGUGCAGAGAAAAGGUCUUCAAAGUCACAUUAAAAAUGUUUGCCAACAAAGGGACGUUCCCUGCAUUUACGAGUACGCUGGCUGUAAGACCAAGGUUCGUCAGAACUUAAUGGAGGCACAUCUACAAAACAGAGCAUUGGAUCACGCUAGAUAUUUGAGCGAACACUCCCAGCAACUGGCUAACGAUGUGAGGGUUGCUAACGGAGCUAUACAAGCUCUCAGGGGUGAAGUAGACACACUGCGAAAAGGGAACUUGGAAAAGAUUGAAAAGUUAGAAAAGAAGUCAGAAAAACAACUAAAGGAAUUGAAAACUGCUGUUGAUUUUGCAACUUUUAGUGCAUUUUCGGUUAGAGGGUUGUUGAUUGUUAUCACACUCGUAAUCUUGGUGUGCACGUGGUGGUAUGUGUACACCCACCAAGACUCCACAACGCUCACUAACGAGAAUAUGAUAUUCUCUGUUGUAUUUGGGGGAAUACUAAUAUGGCUGUUUCUACCCAAUUUAUUCCUUUAUUUAUAGCUAGUGAUUAUUUUUGUGAAGGUGAAAAAUAUUCUCUUACUGUUAUUCAUAA